AUGACUCCACUUUUAAUACUUUUCUCCACUUUUUCAACUGUAGCUACUUUCGCUAUUGACGGCAUGGAACUCAAACUUGUACAAGUGGUAUGGCGACACGGAGAUAGGUCACCUACGCUGACUUACAAAACAGAUCCGAUCCAAGAAGAUGAUUGGACUUUCGGAGGAGGAGGAUGGGGACAACUUUCACCGAUAGGAAUGAAGCAACAUUUUGAGUUCGGAAAACAACUGCGAAAGCACUAUGUGGAUAGUGGGUUCCUUAGCAAAACAUAUGAUUCAAAAGAGAUCUAUGUUCGCUCGUCGGACUAUAAUAGAACUAUAAUUUCCGCCAUGGCAAACUUGGUGGGGAUGUACAGCUACAAUAACAGCGCAAGCAUCAAGGAUACAGACUAUCCCGAUGUGGAAGGAUGGCCCCAAGGAUUUAUUCCAAUCGCCGUGCAUACCGUUGAUCGCAAGAGCGACCAUGUGUUGAUUGCUCAUGCUGAUUGCAAUCGCAUGUACUGGCUGGCUGAAAUGCUGAAAAAUGAAUGUGACGAAGUCAAGAAUUUCAUAAGCAGACCGGAUGUACAAGAGGUAUUCAAAAAGGCAUCUGAGAAAGCUGGAGGAGUUUACAAUGAGAGGACAUUAUGGGAGAUACAUGAUGCGUGGAAAAUCGAGCGCGUGCAUUUCCCAGAACGACUGAAAGAGUGUGACUGGUAUUCUGAGGAGCUGUACGACAAAAUGGGGGAAAUUAAUAAUAAAUUGAUUAACUUUGACAAUGGAGUCUAUGAACAUGGUCCAGUGAUAAUAAACGGUCUGGAUAUGGGAGUGGAAAUCCAGAAAAUACGUGGAGGCUCGCUGGCGAAUGAUAUCAACAUGCAUAUGUACCUGAAGUACGAUUGCAUGAAUAGACAACAUGAGCCCAAGUGUCGUUGGAUAAAAAACCUCAAGUAUUAUGUCUAUUCAGCUCAUGAUACUACCGUUUUUGCGUUUCUCUCUGCUAUGGGAAUUCAGUCAAAAGUCGUUUUUAGAGGAGGAUAUCCAGAUUAUACGUCAGCUGUAUUCGUUGAAUUAUAUACUGACAUCAAUAAUAACCCCUAUUUCAAGAUGUUGUACCGUGAAAGUGAUGUGAAUGACACAAUUCAUUCCGUAACGCACUUCAUACCCGAAUGUGAGGGUAAAGAUUACUGCAGACUAGAUGUCUUCAAUAAGUACGCCAAAAGGGCAAAACCGGAUCGAGACAUGGUCGAGGCAAUUGAUUUGCUGUCCAAUCUCAUGUUUAAGUGGUGCGAAGUAGACCCGCGCGGCAACAUGGGCAGAAGCACAUCCAUUACAGCACAUAUCUCUGAGGGCAGCGCGGAAAGCAGUGCGUCCAAUAUGGUAUCUAAUUUAACUUUGGCCUUUACACUGGUUAUGUACCUAUGUUCUCAUUCUUGA